GCGGCGGCAGCGCUUAAGCCGAGCUCGGAGAUUUUUUCGUAACAGAAAAGCAACUUUUUAUUCGUUAAUUAACCGUCGAGCGGGCCAGAAGUCCGAGUUCGUGUGCUCGAGGAAGGGGCGUGGAAAGCGCUUAACGGAAGUGCAGAAAACGGGUAGCUAAUUGAGCACACCUCUCCGGUGACACCUGACACUCCAGCUGGGCACCCAGUCCCAGCACCAGUCCCAGUUCCAGUGACAAAAAGAAAAUCGAAAACGCUCCAUAUACAUAACUUUCUUCAGAAGCCGGGUGUUAAUGUCUCAAUUUGUCGCCCCGACUUUAACAACUGCAGUUGCCUUUCGGUCGCGUUACCUUCACCAUCGUUUGAAUUUGUGGCGCGUGUGCUAAAAAUCUGGGGAACUCUGUUCCUCAGUUUCUCAGUGAGUGAUUAGAGUUUUAUGCAAAUCAGAGGCGAGAAUAAUUAAUGCUUCUGGUGUCAAACGUUAACAGCAUUUCGCAAUAGACCCACACCCGCAUAACCUCAAACGUGUUCACAUAACGAAACCAAUCAGCAGACAGAUCUUAUCAGCCACCAAAAAAAAUGUUGUUUUGGAAGCGUCUUCAGCGAUCGAGCAGCUCCUCAAGCAGUGCGAUUCAGGAGCGUCGUUUUUUUGGCAUCCUCCGCUCGGCGAAAAGGAAGGACGCUGUCACACCUUUACCCACCUACCGUCAGAAUGUCGGCGAUGCCGCUCCCAUCGCUGCUCCACCUGCAGAGGGACUACAACUGGGUUUCGAAGAAGCUGGAACUAUAGAGCUGCAGGCCCAGGAGAACGACUACGUUCUUGAGGAGUCGGCUCUGAGAGUACCACUCUCCCCUCCGCCAAACUAUUGUCCUCUUCCCUUGACACCGCCACCCAGCUACACGGAGAGACCAAGGUCAGGCCAGGAACGAAGGUCCCACCCAGCAGAUGCAGUCCAUCCGGCCACGCCAGCACGUGUUGUGGUAGUCCCAACUUCAGGAGCACCUGCAGCAGCCAGUGAUUUGGCAGCACGUCAGCAGGCAAGACGACGACGGCGACUAAGAGAACUCCAGCAACAGCAACUGCACUUCGCAUCCAGCACAGACAGCUCCAGCAGCUCCGGAUCCAGUUGCUCCGAGUUGGGUAGCGGUUGCAGUGCCACCCGCCGACAGCGUCGACGCAGGCGGGGAUUGAGGGAUGCCUAUUGUCCGGAUCUGUUGAACGCCUGCUCCCUGAUUCUGCAGCAACCCGGCAGUAGUGACAGUUCCGUGGGAAACUUCACGGCCACGCCCCCACCCCCAACGACUGGACACCGUGAUCACCGGAAUCCCGCAGCGGAGGAGAGUUUCGAGUACAGCUCGGACUAUGUGGAGAUCGACGAGCUGCUGCCUCUAGUGGCCGGCGAGCGAGCGAAGAGCACUCCGCAGCUGGCGAUGGGUCAGAACCUGAGCCUGCGACGGCCGCGCAUCUCACUAACCUGGGUGCUCCGAGAGCAGCAGCAGACGCAGACGGCUCCACAAUCGCAAACACCGCCAUCACCGCAGAAGGAGGUGUCCAAGGAGCCUGUGGAUGGCCACGUGGAUCGCAAGGAGAACGAGGUGUUUGCCUCCAGGAAAGAGCCCGUUCCCACCCAGCUGGAUGUCACCAAGAAGCGGUACAGGGUCAAGCAACUGCCGGGUGGCGGUGAGCCGCUCAAUGGCUAUGCCACCACGCCCACCGCCCACCAGGCUCCGCCCAACGGUCACCUGGCGAACCAGAAGUUCUUCAGCAACCAGAAUCUGCUGGACGUGUCACGGAGCGGACCAGGCAGUGCUCCAGUGGCCGCCGCCUCCACCAAAGAGCUGCUCUUCGUGUGCACACCCCAGCGGGCGCCCAGGAGCGAUGGACACAGUGAAGCCCUGCUCCUGGCCAGAAAGCGGAACGAGAUCCGCAAGAAGUUGGCCACCCGCCUGCAGCAGGCAAGAUCCAGCGGCUCGCAGGCGGGUGAGGCCAGGGGAUCGGCAACGGGAGCAGAGUCCCUGAAGUGCACCUCCUACUCGGAGCCCAGUUUGGUGGCAGCCUCGGAGGGCGGUGGAGUGGGAGGAUCGGGCGGAGGAGCAGCUGCCCCCCAGCAGCAGCGACGCCAUAGGCACCGCAAGCGCAGGGAUCGCAAUCGGGUGCAGAGAUUCGGCUACGAGAUUCACAACGUGGACGAGUUCCUCUCCCGCUGCUCGCUCGCCGCUCCGGGCAACAUACCCGUGGUCCUGGCCACGGCUAGUACCCUCUACCAAACGCGACCUGGUGGCUACCAGCUGGAGAUUCCCCUGCCCCUGGGCAUGGUGGUGAAUGCGGUGUUCAAGAACCAGAACUGGCUGUAUGUGCAAACUCCCCAUGCGGAGGAGGGAUAUGUGGGCUAUGCCUGCUGUCUGCCCCUGGGGAUUCUGCCCCAGCAGGCGAGGGCCGGGUCCAGGAACACCCCCUGCUGGGAGACCAAUGCGGACGUGUUCCCUCGUCCCUGCGGCAACAUGACGGACUCGGAGAAGGAGAUCCGGCUGCGGGGUGGCACCCGUUCCGAUGGCGCCCGCACUCCACGCAGCUCAAAGGCUACUGAAGAUGUCCUCAAGAUCAGCACCACCACCAUCAACAAUAACAACAACCACAGCAACAACAAUAACCAAACGCAAGGCGGGAGCACAGCCAGCUCCUUGUACGGGGAACAGCAGGUGGACAAGCUGUAUCUGAGGGCUGCAUCCAAGCCGCGUCUGGUGGAGAAGGCCUACGCCCAGCUGCGUUCCACCCGCCAGGUGGCCCCAUCCGGUUCCGCUUCGGCCAAGAGCGGCGCCUCCCAGGACGAGUAUGUGACGCUGCAGCAGAAGGCCAACAAGAAGCAGCCGAGUGGUGCGCAGACCCAUCUCCACCAAUCCCAGCCAGCGGCGAGGCGGCUCUCCAAUGUGUCCUACAUCACCAACGGCCAGAAUGGCCAGCAUCUGCAUCCAAAGCUGGUACCACUGCCACCCUACGAACACAAGCCGGCCAAGAGCCAGGCGGAGGCGGAAGCCACCUUGAAGGCGCUCCGCCGCCAGCAGGAGGUGGGCCAGCGGCAAACUCUAGUCGCCAUCAACACGGACUACAUCACGGAGAGCAUCGCGGUGCACAAGGGCGAGAUUGUGACGCUGUGCGAGUGCCGCGAAUCCAAGGACCAGCGCCAGUGGUUCUACGUUCGGACGCGGGACGGACGAGAGGGCUUCAUUCCGGCCGAGGUGGCCGGCCAUGGCUACCUGUAGACCUCCACCGCCUGAAGAUGGGUCGCUUUGGGUCUUUGAAAGGAUUUUAGAAGCAAUUAGUAAUCUAUGGACAUUGCUAGGUGGCUUUUUUGAACGUUUCCUCAUAUCACCUUAGUUGUAAAAUCUUAAUUUUUACGAUUUAUAGUCAUAUGUAUAUGUUUCAAACUAUUGUGGGUAUAACAAUGGUUAAAGGCCAUUGCCGAUAUCAUAACGAAAUCAUGAAAAAGCUAAAUUUAUCUAAGGGAUUAAAAAGAUAGCAACCCAUAGUAUUAAAUUGUUAAAUUGAGGUAAACUCCGCCUUUACGAUUCUUUAUCCCAAAACGACCCAUCCAACCCCCCAGCCCACCCCAAAAUCAAGUCAAGCUCUACAUUUAACUCAAUUAGAAGUAUACCCAUGUUAAUCACUUAUAGGCCUGACAUUUCAUUCGCGAUCCUUGGUACGCUUCUAGUUGUAAACUCGUAUUGGUGUCUGUAAUUAAAUACUUGUAUCUGUGUAUGUGUGUGCGUGUGGAUCCUUGAAAGGAUCUUGUAUUUAUCUAGCCUAGCAUUACGAGUAGUCUAUGUAAUAGAAAACUUGCUUAACGAAAAUCAAAGAGGAAAGCGCAGACGGAAACUAUUUAU